AUGUCAGGACCCAAGGUCUCUGAGCUGCCGCUGGGCUUGGCUCUGUCCGCCAUUCACACGGAUCUGCUUUUCAAAACGAUCGGGCGAAUUGCUGCUCACCCAGACGUGUUACCUGAGCUACGCUCCGAGAUUGAACAGGCCAUAUCAGUUCACGGGUUGAAUAAGAAUGGAGUUUAUAAUAUGAAACGUCUAGACAGCGUGCUCAAGGAGACGCAGCAUCUUAAUGCAGUCGCCUUGGCGAUUAUGAACCGUGAUAAAACCUACGAUCGUGCCAAGGAGUGGGAUCCAUACAGGUUUCACAACAUCCGGCGAACUGGUCAAGAGCAGGAAGGUCAAUUGGUAUCCACGACUGCACAACACUUGGCCUUUGGUCUUGAAAAGCAUGCGUGCCCAGGUCGAAUUUUCGCAGCUCAUGAGCUCAAGAUCAUGUUAGCUCACAUUUUGCUCAAGUAUGAUAUUGAAUACAUUGAGCAAGACCGACCAAAGAUCAGAGUUGUUGGAACUGAUGUUUUCGCAGACGGUAUACCCAGGGCUCAAGUUGGCCGCCGAGAUGGGUAUAAGAUACCCAUUGUAUCGGAAGCCUGGGCAGACUGA